UGUCGUCUUAUCAGCAAGAGACGCAAAAUCAUGAAGGAACAGAGCCGAAGUUGCUUCGGUGUAAAAGUCGAUCCAAAAGCUAAGAGAACCAAUUCUUCAUUGAAAGCUGGUUGGCGGAGCGGUUGAGUGUUCAUUGUUCUUGAGUGAAACACUCCAUUUAAUCGGUUCUUCAACUGCAGUUCUUGUAUCGAUUCUUUUUUCUUCUUAAUUUCAACUGAGAUUCCACUUGGUGGCUUACUUUUGUUGUUUUCUGUGGCUCUUUUGCGGUGCGAUUUUUUGGAUUUUAGUGUAUUUUUUGGUGUAAUUUCGAGCGAAUGGCUUGAAUUGAUUGUAAUUUGUGGACUGAAUGUACUGGAGAUUGGAUUUUGGUGGUUUGUGCUUCGAUUGAAGAUGAUUUCUAGGUUGGUUUUGCAUUCGAUUGAAGAUCUUUGAGGUCGAUUGGUUGAGGGCGUUAAUAAUGGAACCUCCGAGGGGGUUUUUGUCUUCGUUAUGGAACUUCAUCUGCUUCCUUCCGUUCUUUGUUGGUCUUCUGCUUUUGGGCGCCAUUAAAGGUAUCAUUCUGUGCCCUCUGAUAUGCCUCCUAAUGGCAGCUGGAAUCUCUGGUAUCAUAUUAGGCCUUUGGCCAAUGCACUGGUUCUGGACCUAUUAUAGCAUUCUGAGUGCCAAACAACUUGGACCUGUUUUAAAAUUUGUUCUCUGCUUUGGAGCACUGCCCGUUCCCUUGAUUUUGUGGCCCGUGGUCGGAGUAGUGGCAAGUAUCAUCGGCGGAGCUGCUUAUGGAUUCUUUUCACCAAUUCUUGCUACAUUUGAUGCUGUUGGAGAAUCAAAGACUAAUAAAUUGUUUCAUUGCUUCUAUGAUGGAACUUGGGACACAGUUAAAGGAUGUUGCACCGUUAUUCGGGAUUUUGCAGACUUUUGCUACCAUUCCUAUAGAUCAUUUAUGCUGGACCUACGAACGAAAACACCUCCAAAUGGCGAACACUAUGAGAUAAGGUUGCUCUAUCUCCCUGGAGCUUUAAUAGCUGGGGUUCUCGGUAUUGUCGUCGAUGUAUUCAUGAUCUCGUUUAUAGCCAUAUGCAAAAGUCCUAUUAUGCUUUUCAAGGGGUGGCAUCGUUUGUUUCAUGACCUUAUAGGUCGAGAAGGCCCCUUUUUAGAGACGAUAUGCGUUCCGUUUGCUGGUCUUAUCAUCAUACUUUGGCCAUUGGCUGUUGUGGGUUCAGUUUUGGGCUCCAUUGCCUCCAGUAUCUUCUUAGGUGCCUACGCAGGGAUUGUUGCAUAUCAGGAGUCUUCUUUUUUAUUGGGACUUCGAUAUAUUGUUGCAUCCUUAUCGAUUUAUGAUGAAUACAGCAACGAUGUUCUUGACAUGCAAGAGGGAUCGUGCUUUCCCAGGCUGACUUAUCGAAGAGGGGAUGGCCAAUCAUCAACAGCUGGUUUGCAUUCAUCCAACUCGAUCUCGAGACCAAGCUCUUUCCAUGGUCAACCUUCGCGCAUGAAUUCACUCAAGGAACCUAUGAUUGAUCUGAAGCCGCUCGAGCUGCUGGAUAGCUUGUUUAAGGAGUGUCAACGCCAUGGAGAAGCCAUGGUUUGUGAAGGAACGAUAACGUCGAGUGAUAUUGAAGAUGCAAAGUCGAGCAAAGGAAACAAAGUUAUUAGCAUUGGUUUACCAGCUUUUUGCAUUCUUGAAACACUAUUACGCUCUGCUAAAGCAAAUUCAGUUGGACUUCUGUUAGGUGACAAUGUUACUGAAGUUUCUAGCACAAACAGACCCAAAGAUACCUUCUUUGAUUGGUUUUUCAAUCCACUUAUAAUCAUCAAAGACCAAAUUAGAGCAGAAAACCUUUCUGAAUCAGAGGAGGAAUACUUAUAUAAACUAGUUCUGUUCAGUGGUGAUCCUGAAAGGUUGAAAAGUCUAACCACUGUAACGCCUCCACAAUCGGAACGAAGACAAGCUGAAAUCGAAGCGCUAGCUCGAAGGCUUCGAGGAAUCACUAAAUCCAUCUCGAGGUAUCCAACAUUCCGGCGACGUUUCGAUUGUCUUGUAAAGAGGUUAUCGGAAGAACUUUCAAAGAAAAAGGGCUCUUGCCAGUCAAGUAACGGAAGCAGGUCGUUAUCGAGGUCGAGAAGUGCAUUUGGCCGAUUGUUCAGUCAGAAAUCAUCUUCAAAUGGCAAAACAAGCUACAGAGGUGGUGAGAGAGAAGAAUCUCAAGCAGAUGAAAGAGAUUUAGAGAUUUCUUAGGGAGCAUGGGAUCAAACUUCUUCUGUAAUUUUUAGUUCUAAUAAUAAAUGAACGCUUUUGGUUUGUAAUAUAUAUGUAUAUCUAUAUAGGUUUGAUGAUCCUACGAUAAAGGGUCUAGGAAUGCAACGUUCAAUUUCCGAGCU